UGGGGCGGGAGGAAUUCCCGGCCGCCGUCCAACCUCCCACCCGCUAGGGAGUCUCCGAGCCUUCGGGGCCUCGCCGUCUAGCUUUGGGGUCGCAAGGCCGGUCUUCCCUCCUAGCCCUGCUUCCAGGCUCGGCUGGCCCCUCGAGGGACCCGCUGGUCCGAUCCCACCUGCCGUAGGCGGACAGGAUCUGCCUCGCUCGGGUGCACCUGCCCUUUGGUGGCCGGGGAGCGGUCCAGCCGCCUCAGGCCUCGGCCUCCGGCGCGCUGCUCCCCCGCAUCGCGCUCGGUACGGCGCCUCGGCCGGAGGUGGCGCUCUGUGCGCCCGGCGGAUCCCGGCGUGGGAGGCUCCGACUCCGGGGGUUCCUCGCGAGCCGCUCCUUUCUCUUCCUUCCCUUCCGCCCCCUCGAGUUCCCGGCUCAGGCCGCAGCCCAGGCUUCUCCGAGGGAGUGGGGACGCGGGCUCCCAGGGUGGGGACCAGGCACGCUGCAACCCCCUCCUCCGACUUGGGCGCUCUCCCAUCUCGGAAUGCGGGUGGAGGUUCCUCACUCAGGCGCCCCAGGCAUCGGAUUCUGGGCGGGGGCGCGUGGCAGCCGCCAGGACGCUGAGAUCCCCCGCGAGGUGAUUGAGAGGCUGGCGUACAGUCAGAUCCACAGCAUCCGGGACCUCCAGCGACUCCUGGAGAUAGACUCCGUAGGGGCCGAGGAUGCUCUGGAAACGAGUGUGAGAGCCCAUGCAGGCCGGGCCCCCAAACAUGCACCUGAGCAGCGGCCCGUGCCUAUCCGGAGGAAGAGAAGCAUUGAGGAAGCCAUCCCCGCGGUCUGCAAGACCAGGACCGUCAUUUACGAGAUACCUCGGAGCCAGGUCGACCCCACGUCCGCCAACUUCCUGAUCUGGCCGCCGUGUGUGGAGGUGAAGCGCUGUGCAGGCUGCUGCAACACCAGCAGCGUCAAGUGUCAGCCCUCCCGCGUCCAUCACCGCAGCGUCAAGGUAGCCAAGGUGGAGUACGUCAGGAAGAAGCCAAAGUUAAAGGAAGUGCAGGUGCGGCUGGAGGAGCAUCUGGAAUGCACGUGCACCGCCGGAGGGCCGAACCCCGACCACCGGGAGGAGGAGACGGGAAGGCGUAGGGAGUCAGGUAAAAAACGGAAAAGAAAAAGGUUAAAACCCACCUAACGCAGCCAACCAGAUGUGAGGUGAGGAUAAGCCAGCAGCCCUUUUCCGGGACACGGAUGUACAUGGCGUGUUACAUUCCUGAACCUACUAUGUACGGUGCUCAUUGCCAGCGUGCGGUCUUUGUUCUCCUCCGUGAAAAACUGUCUCCAUGCACACUCGGGAGAACAAAGAGACAGUAUACAUUUGUUUAAUGUGACAUCAAAGCAAGUAUUGUAGCACUCGGUGAAACAAUAAGAAGCUUCCUUGUCAAAAAAAAAAAAAGAGAGAGAGAGAGAGACAGAGCAAACAGAACCACAAAACAUGACAAACAAAACUGACUCACAAAAAUAUCUAAACAGUUGUCGGAAUGGAGGGACACCCCGUGGGAUGGAAGCGACGUGCCUCGGCCGACCGGAUUUCUGUCCAGGGUCACAGGUGCUUCUGCCAGGGACACAGCCUGCUUUCUGGAGGACUCCGGGCGGGGGCCGAGGGCCCUGCAGGGCACGCGGGAGCAGGGAUGUCCCAGAACUGCCACGGGACUUAGAAACACAUCUCCUUGCUGUAGUGUUUAAGUCUAUACAGAAACCUUCCCGAGAGCCUUAAGUGGAUUUUUUUUUUUUUUUUUUUUUUUUUUUUUUUUUUUUUUUUACACACCAUAAAGUGAUUAUUAAGCUUUCCUUUUUACUCUUCGGCUAGCCUUUUUUUUUUUUUUUUUUUUUUUUUAAUUAUCUCUUGGAUGACAUUUACACCGAUAACACCAGGCUGCUGUAAGUCAGGACAGUGGGACCGUAUCUCCCCUCGCAGGAUGCGAACAAAUGAGAUGUAUUAAAAUAAACAUGGUAUAUCCACCUAUGCAUCACUUCCUAAAUGUUUCCGGCUUUACGUGUUUGUCCCCUGCCCCCACUUUAUCUUGCCUUUUAAUUUAAGCCAUUUCGAGAGAACUAUGCGUGAACCAAUCGAGUCCGUCCCGGGCCUGCCGCUCCCAGUCCUCGCCUUGGCGAGGUGGCCCUGUGCCAGUGUUUGGACAGAAUCUGAAUUCUUUAUUUUUGGUAAGAUGUUACGCUUUACAUGUAUUCAACAGAAAUGUGUGUGUGUGUUGUGUUUUUGUUUUUGUUUUGUAAAGGUGAAGUUUGUAUUUUUAUCUAAUAUUACCAGUUUUGUAUACCUGA